AUGCCUCGCGGUAAACGCUUGAACGCCAUCGAACAAGGACAAGUCGAUAUCCUGAAAGCGCAAGGCAAAAGUAAUCGACAGGUCGCAAAGGAAAUCGGUAACGGCCGUUCUCCCACCGCAAUCGACACCUACGUCCGGACACGAGCAACGUACAAUGCGAAGCACGCCGGUGGUGCCCCAAAGAAACUUUCCGAGAGGACCGAACGGGCGAUUGGACGCCACCUCGCGAACAAACAGACGUCUUUGGAGACAGUUAGAAAAGACCUGAACCUGAAAGUCACUCGACAAACUGUCUACAAUGUGAUACUGCGUUCACCUAUAAUAAAGAGAGAACAAAUGAAAAAAGCUCCACGGCUAACUGUCGAACACAAAGCGAAACGACUCGACUUUGCACAGCGACAUCUAACGACGGAUUGGCAAUUGAUAAUUUGGUCUGACGAAAAAAAGUGGAAUCUCGACGGGCCAGAUGGCUACACAGGAUAUUGGCACGAUCUGCGUACGGAUCCCCUCCUCUUCAGCAAGCGCAACUUUGGUGGAGGGACAGUGAUGUGUUGGGCCGCGAUCCGAUCGGAUGAAACAGUCGGCCUGGAGUUUACCACUUCGCGCAUGGAUUCGGCUGAAUAUCAGGGAGUGCUGCAAAGACAAUUGCUGCCAUACAUACGCAAUAAGCACAUCCCUGGCCUGAUUUUUCAACACGACAACGCCAGCAUUCAUGCGAGUCAUUCCACGAAAAACUGGCUGAUGAGGCAUAAUAUCGAUGUAUUGGAGUGGCCCCCGUGUAGCCCUGAUAUAAACGUGAUGGAGAAUGUCUGGGGAAGCCUUGUCCGUGACGUCUAUGGCAAUUCCAAGAAGUACGCAAGCGUCAAAGACCUGAAAACCGCGAUCAAGGCCGCAUGGAGUCGCCUCGACCCUCAGAAGCUGUCGAAUUUGGUUGCGUCCGUGCCCAAUCGUCUUUUCGAGUUAACGAAAAAUCAAGGAGGUCCGACCCACUAC